GUCACUGCCCUCAACGUGCUGUUGAUGACUUGCGUUCCUGCUGUUCAGGCCUAGCAGACUGUGUGCUUACAGUAUAAUAGAACAUUCAGACACGAAACUAAUUGCAGCGACUUCUAGCAACCCGGGCCCGGACGGGUUGCAGGUUUGCAAAGUGAAGGAAUGGCCGCAACCGUGAGCGCGACGCUGCUUGGCCUUCUCCAGUCGAGUGGGCAGGCAGAACGCCUUGGGCUCGCACAGGACGCAUUUGAUGCCAUCCAGCACCAGCCCGUGUUCCAGCACUUCGCGAGCGUGCUCUCAAACGACGUGCACUUCGUGUCACCCGCGGAUGAGGAGCUCGCCGCGCGGCACCACCACUACGAGGACCCGGCCGUGGAGGACGCAACGCUGGAUCGGCUCAUCGACAUGUACCUGACCGACCGCGAGGCCUUCGACGGCGACCCGCUGGCGUGCGAGCUGCGGCCGGAGAUAGAAUCCCUGCUGAAGCAGGGCCAGCUGGAGCGGCAGGCGGACGAGCACCUGGCGCGAAGCCACAUGCACGUGUCCACUCUGCAGGAGGCCAGCUCCGUAACGCGGCUGCAGCAGCAGCAGGCGGAGCAGGGCCUGGCACGCCUGACGCGCGCCAAGGAGCACCAGCUGGCGCAGGCGGGCGCCGCUAACGCGGCCGACAACGCCUCGGUGCACGCUGUGCAGGAGUGCGGCCAUGCGAUGCAGGACUUGUUGCGGCAGCGGCCGGAGGAGUGGCUGUUGCUGGCGCAGCCGCUGGACGACAUCGUGGCAGCGGAGCGACUCACCGCGGCCGAGGUCGCCAAGGCCAAGGAGCAGCAGCUCAACCCGGCGCAGCUGGCUCGGCGUGUGGCGGAGCAGGAGGCAGCGCAGGGGGCGCUUCCCGACAUGCCGUUCGGGCCCAGCACCACGCGCAUGCUAGCAGGCCUGACGACGGAGCAGUACGUGGGCGUGGCGGAGAAGGCGGAGGCGUGUGCGCAGCGCGGCCGCGACGUGCGCGACCGGGCAGAGCGCCUGCAGGCAGAGCUGGCGGGCUUGACACGGCAGCGGCUGCUGCUGGAGCAGGCGGCGCGCGGCGAGCUGCCUGUGCCGCACGACCUGCUGGGCGGCAGCGAGGCGCAGCUGGCGGCUGAGGCGGAGCGGCUGAGGCGGGAGGUGGCGGCUGUGCAGGAGAGUGACACGCGGCACGACCUGCUGGACCAGGUUGCGGCCAAGUCCACCGCCCAGGUGAAGAAGGCUCUGUGGCUGGUGCGGCACCAGCAGCUGGGCUACAUGAUUGCGCUGCAGAAGCAGCUGCUGGAGGUGCAGAUGAGCCAGUGGGCGCGAGUGGAGGUGCUGCAGAUGGUGCGCUCCGAGGAGCGGCGCUCGCUGACCGACCUGUGGGCGGCGCUGCAGAAGCUGGCGCAGGAGCUGGACGCCGCAGUGCGCGCCUCCGCUGCAGACGCCGCAGACGCCGCGUCCUGGACGCAGCACGCCGAGCACGACGCAGCGCUGGCCUCCUCCGCCGGCGCCACCGCGCUGCUUGGCAGCGAGGCGGCCCUGUGUGCGCAGUUCGCGGUCUUCGACGCGGAGCGACAGCUGCUUUCACGCCUGGCGACAGCGGCGUCCGCCGCGGCAGCCGACGGCGGGCCUUCGGCCUCGGCGUCGUCCUCGCUGGACGCACAGGCGGGGUCGGCGUCCCUGUCGAUGUCGGCAUCCGGGUCUGCAGGAGCGGGGCUGCUGGGGUUGGGCGGCGGCCUCGCAGCCGCCAUGGGCCUGGGCGGCGGCGGCCUGGGCGGCAGUGGUAGCAUGGGCCUGGGCGGCAGCAUCAGCGGCAAUGCCUUCUUGGAUAGCGUCAUGGCCGACCCCUCGCAGCGCACCGUGUGCCAGCUGGCGGCGGCGGUGGAGGCCACGGCGGGCCUCAUGGCGCGGCUGCAGGCCACACUGGCGGGCCGGCUGGGCGACACGCUGCCGCGCAUGGUGGCGGCGGGCGAGGCGGGCGUGCAGGAGGCGCGCGCCGUGCUGGCAUGCCCCGCGGAAUCCGCCUCCGCCUGUGUGACCACUUCAUCAGCCUCGGCACUCGGGGCCGCAGCGGGAGCGGCAUGGCCGGUGCUGCGGGACCCUGCCUUUGAGGCCGAGCUGGCGGCGCUGCGAGAGGACCUGGCGGGCCUGACGGCGGAGAUCACGCGCUACACGCAGCGCGCCAACCUGCUGGCGCAGGAGUCCAAGGCGCAGAGCGAGCAGGCGCGGGCGGAGCGCGGCGUGCUGGCCGGGUUCUGGAACGCGCCGGAGCGGCUGACCCGCGACACGCAGGCGCUGCGGGACCGGCUGGGCGCGCUGCUGUUAGCGGCGGGUGCGCAUUAGGAGGCUGGCACAUGGCUAGGUUGGGCAUGGAUUGGAAGGGCAUCGGAAGGACACAGGGCGCGGUGGGGGCGGGCGGCGGGGCCUUUCCGCCGGGGCCUGUCCUGAGCACAGUCGCGACGCAAAUGCAAGUUGAAUGUUGCAGGUGUCGGGGAGUUAAAGCGCUGCACGAGAGUUUGGUAGCGCAUAUACAACCAAAUCAAAGCUAAAGGUUCGCUCAGCCUGUAACCCGUCGCGUCC